AUGAAGAUUAUCUUAGACAAUACGACGCCGGAAAAGUGUCGUACGCCGCUUGGACCGCCGAUUACUUCUGUUUUGGCUUUGAUCACGGGUAUGUUAAUAUGUAGUUUUGAUGGAUUAAAAGCAUUUUUUAAGAAAAAUAGUGAUCUCAUUAUUAUUGAGUUUUAACGUUGUGUUAAAGAAAACUUUUUAAAAAACGAUUUAAAGCCAUAAAGUAACUUAGAAUAUGAUUUUAGAGCCUCCAUACGUUCACAACUUUUCUUCUCGAGCUCUUCGACGCAUAAAUGAAGUAAUCGCUCCAUUAAUUCAAGUCACUCAAUCUAAAGACAUUCUUUCCAAUGCUCUAAAGUCAAUGUACUACUGCGUACAAUAUUCAACGGAACAUCAAGCUACUGUCUCCAUCUACCGCAAGUAUAUGGAGAAGUUGGAUCGUGAUUUGGUGGAAAUUGGUCGCCAAAUGGACAUGAUUAGAUUUACCAGAAGCCAUUGGGUAUAUGCCUGCGAGUUCGUACAGAAACUAAAGCUGUACAGUCGAGAAUAUUGUGGAGCUUUGUCAAACUCAACCUCUUCUGUCGAUUCACAUCUCUUCGAUUCACCGUCUUCAAGUGAGGAGAAUGUCGAUUUCACUCCACCAUCACCGGUGGAACGUAUAUUGCGUAAAAGAGGUUUAUGCUCAGCCUAA